AUGACGGCAGACCUGGGCCCAGUUGAGAUGAGAAGAACUGUGCGACAAGGAGCUGAGUCGAAGCAUUUCUCGGUUGAGAACAAUUUCAAUCAUCUGAACUAUGAUCUGGUAUGUUUUCGCGUGGCUCUGGGCUGUCCCUGUGUGGGCUCAGCUCCAGAGCUUCCAUCCCCCGGCCACCAGGAAAUCUCCUAUAGUAUCAAUGUUCCUACAGAGACAGCCCAGACUGGCUCGGGCUCUAUAUUCUUCCAGAUGAAUUCCACUCAUCCGGUGCGGUGGUUUGCUCUGGGGCAAGGAAUGCAAAUGGAAGGGGCCAACAUCUUUGUUGCUUACACUUCUGGCGACAAAGUGACAGUAUCUCCACGGUCGGGCAUAGCGGAAGUUGAGCCGUUGUAUAACAAAGACGCCCGAAUCGCAAUGCUCAAUGGCAGUGGUGUACACGAUGGGGUCAUUACGGCCAACAUCCGGUGCGACAGCUGCUUAAAAUGGACCGGGGGAACAGAGAAUGUCAACAGCUCUUCAAGUUCAUGGAUCUGGGCAGUGAAGUUUGGAGACUCUUUGAAUUCCACCAGUCUAUCCGAGUCCAUCACCCAACACGAUGACAGUGGUGUCGUGUCUGUCGACCUCACGAAAGCAACGGGUGGCAGUUCGGAGAAUCCCUUCGCUGAUCUGGCCCCAGCGUCUGUUACCAGUGCAAAUCCGAGUGAUUCUUCCUUCUCAGACAUGAUCAGUCGGAAACAGACGGCACAUGCUGUACUCAUGAUCUUGGCCUUUGUGAUCAUGUUCCCUUUUUUCGCGAUGGGCCUUCAUAUCUUCCCAGCCAAGUGGACAGUCCAUAUCCAUGGGCUCAGUCAGCUCUUCACUUUAGCUGUUGCGAUUGCUGGUCUCGGUGUUGGUGCUUCUAUGGCCAGGGAUCUCUCCCUGGUCAACCACUACCAUCCCAUUAUCGGCAUGGUGGUUGUCGCGUGCCUCGUUGUGUUCCAGCCUGCCAUGGGCGUAUUACAGCACCGGUUCUUUCGGAAAACCGGUGGAAAGGGGCCUUUUGCCUAUACCCAUCGGUGGUUUGGGCGACUCCUGAUCAUCCUGGGUAUUAUCAAUGCUGGACUAGGAUUUCAGCUGGCGCAAGGACCGCGUGGGGCGGUGAUUGCGACCAGCGUUGUGGCUGGAGUCAUGGCACUGGGGUAUGUGACCGUUUAUCUGCACCGGAAAUCGCUGCACAACAAACCCACCGUCCAUGUCACCUACGAUGAAGGCAUUCAGAUUGUGCGCCAAUUUCUUUUCUAUGCGUCGAAGCAUCCCGUCGAAGACCUCCAAGCGUUUACCCGCCAGUGGGUGCCCAGUCCACAUUGGGUGAGAACAGAGACAAUCACAAUCCCCGAAAACUUCCUAUCCUCUGCAGGAGAUGCGAUUGUCAAGCAGCUGGGUCCGAAAGGGGUCAAAAGAGUGGGAGGAGAGAAAUGGUGGCAAUGGCGUGGGCCAUCUGAAGAGUUAAAGGGAGAGUGGAUUGAGAUGCGCAAUCACUACAAUGAGACCAAGAAGGCCAACCAGCGCUCCAAUCGAGUCAUGCUGUAUAUCCACGGAGGGGCAUACUUCUUUGGAAGUGUUGACACCCAUCGAUAUAUGAUGCAACGCCAUGCGCGCAAGAUCAAGGGACGUGUAUUUGCGCCAGACUACCGUCUCUCGCCACAAUUCCCAUUCCCAUGUGGACUACAAGACUCAAUGGCUGCAUACUUAUGGCUACUGGAGUCAUAUGAGCCCAGCGAAAUUCUUUUGGCCGGUGACUCUGCGGGCGGAGGUAUGGCCCUGUCCAUGCUGGUCAUUAUGCGGGACCAAGAUAUUCCUCUGCCUGCAGGCGCUAUCCUGAUCUCACCCUGGGUUGAUCUGACGCACUCCUUCCCGAGUAUUGUUCAGGACAAUCCAGGCGAUUAUAUUCCUCCGUGGGGGUUCCGCCACAAACCGUCAACCGCCUGGCCUCCUCCCAAUGCCGAUGACAUUCUGAAGAUGAAAAAAAUGUCGCAACAACCAGUCGUCACAGCCGAAGAUGUCAAGAAAGCAAUUCCGGCCCCGAACAGCGAAGCAGAGGAGACAGCCAUUCGUGGGUAUACUAUUCACGAGGGCACCCCUCCAGCGGGACCUGCCUACCCUGGCGAACAGCAGAAUCAGGACCCUGCUACCUUGCAGACUGAACCCGACAACAUUCAUGUUCUGAUAGAUGGUGAGACCGUUGAAUUAAAGGACCAAAUUCAAAUGUACACGACAAACCAACUUAUGUCCCACCCUCUUGUUUCGCCUGUCCUUCAACCCUCGCUCGGUGGCCUUCCUCCCCUUCAGAUUCUCAGCGGUGGGGGUGAAAUGCUUCGUGAUGAGCAGUUCUACGUGGCUCAUAAAGCAGCCAAUCCGACAGCAUAUCCGCCUAGCGAUGUGUACCUGGAUGAUAAUGAUCCCACUCGCGAGACCUUGAACAAAUACGCACCAACUUAUGUACAGCUUCAGGUGUGGGACGAUCUUUGUCAUGUGGCUCCCACUCUCAGCUUCACACAGCCUGCCAAGUAUAUGUUCAGAUCUAUCUCUCAAUUCGGCUCUUGGGCUCUGGCUCGUGCCCAGAAGGGAGAAAUCGACAUUGUAGACGACUCUAUCUUCAUGCCCCUCACACCGAGCAGCUCUAGCAGUUCCGAGGAAGGGAUGUCCGGACCUCAGGCAGAGACCAUCAAAUCAUCUCGUAAAGAAGGACUUGCGUCCGUCGGCAAAGCAGGUGAUCCUUUACCGGCAUUCCAUGAACACAUGAUUCGCCAACGUGUGGAUAAACAUGGACACAUUUUCCCACUUGAACCCACUUCUUCAUACCCAGUACUCAAAAUACCGCCCACCCAGGUCGGUGCGAUCAACCCCGAGCUCAUUCGAAAGUGGCUGGCAGCCAAGAAAGAGUGGGACAUCCGUUUCUCAAAGGAAAAGCUUCGCGUUCAGAGCCGUCGCUUAAAGGAAUUGGCGCACGGGUUCCAGGACUUCGACGGCGAAUGCCCGCCUUCAAGCUCGCUAGCCGCCCGACGUGCUGCGCCUGGCGUGCUACCAAAGCGCCAUGCCAAGAAGAACUAUGGUAUGAUGCUUUGGAGUGGUUGGGGAAGUAAGCAUGAUGAGCGCACAAUGGAAAAAGAACGUCAGGCCACGCAAUCAGGCCGCCCUUCAACUCGUCCCAGUUUCGACGCUGGCCAGGCAGGGGCUUGGUCUAGCACUCCACUAACAAACGCUCACGGCAAAAAUGCCGCGGAUCACGAGCUCAGCAAAGAGAAAUCACACGCUAGCGGUCCUACCUCCAUUACUUGGAAUGAGAAGGAGCAACCCAAUAACAAUGGAGACGCUGCCACAGAUCGUAUGUCCACCGACCCGGAUUCAGUAUCCCGCCCACUAUCAGAGAUGAGCGGUCCAAUCCUCAUAUUACCUGAGGUGGACAAUCGCAAAUUCACCGAUGAAAAUGCAAGCACCAGAGCCCUCUUCCAUGCGGCAGGCACUCUCCCUAUGAAGUCUGAUAUAUCCUUGUCCAACAGUCGAUGCCGACCAGGCUCAGCUGCAGGCUCGGCUACUGGUCGCAGUGAGAUGAUCUCUGACACUGCCAGCACUAUCGGCGGCGACAAGGACUCUGUUGCUCGUAUGAACAUUGCACCUGAUAGUGUUAGCACCCGUGCUGUGCUGGGCGCGAAAGGCGUCAUUCCAGUGAUGGCGCAUGAAAACGGUCGUAUGUCUUCUGAUACACUCUCAGUUUUCUCUGCAGCUGGUCGUGAUUCCAUGUCCCAGCGCCCUGAGAUGCCUGAUAGAGAGGUAUUCAAGACCGCCGAAGAAAGCCUUUAG